AUGGGCACCAUCAAGUCCUUCUGGAACUUUGCAGAAAACACUAUGAAUGAGCUCCUUGGCUGGUAUGGUUAUGAUAAGGUUGAAUUGAAAGAUGGAGAAGAUAUUGAAUUCAGGAGCUACUCGGCAGACGGGGAAAGCCGCCAGCACAUUUCUGUUCUCAAAGAAAAUUCUUUGCCAAAACCAAAAUUACCUGAGGACAGUGUUAUUUCACCAUACAAUAUCAACCCAAGCUACCCAGGGCUUGCCACAGGAAAUGGACUUUCAGACUCACCAGCAGGGUCGAAGGAUCACGGGAAUGUACCUAUUAUUGUCCCAUUAAUUCCACCACCUUUCAUAAAGCCACCAGCAGAAGAUGAUGUGUCAAAUGUACAAAUAAUGUGUGCCUGGUGCCAGAAAGUUGGAAUCAAGCGCUAUUCCCUGAGUAUGGGAAGUGAAGUGAAAUGCUUCUGCAGCGAGAAGUGCUUUGCCGCUUGCCGAAGAGCGUAUUUCAAGAGAAACAAGGCUAGAGAUGAAGAUGGACAUGCUGAAAAUUUUCCCCAGCAGCACUAUGCUAAGGAAACUCCAAGACUUGCCUUCAAGAAUAACUGCGAACUACUUGUAUGUGACUGGUGUAAGCACAUAAGACACACAAAAGAGUAUCUGGAUUUUGGGGACGGGGAAAGAAGGCUUCAGUUCUGCAGUGCAAAAUGUCUCAAUCAGUACAAAAUGGACAUUUUCUACAAAGAGACACAGGCCAAUCUUCCAGCUGGACUGUGCAGUACAUUACAUCCUCCAGUCGAAAAUAAAGCAGAAGGCACUGGGGUGCAGCUGCUGACUCCAGAUUCUUGGAAUAUACCGCUAGCAGAUGCUCGGAGAAAAGCCCCAUCCCCAGUGUCUGCAGCUGGCCAAAUUCAAGGUCCUGGACCAUCAGCGUCUACCACUGCCUCUCCGUCUGACACUGCCAACUGCUCUGUCACUAAAAUCCCCACGCCAGUUCCCAAACCUAUUCCCAUCAGUGAGAAUCCAAAUAUGCCGCCGGUUUCUGUCCAGCCACCUGCUAGCAUUGUGCCUCCAAUUGGUGUCCCACCUCGCAGCCCUCCCAUGGUGAUGACAAACCGUGGGCCAGUUCCUCUGCCCAUAUUCAUGGAGCAGCAAAUUAUGCAGCAAAUCCGUCCACCGUUUAUCCGUGGGCCGCCCCACCAUGCCUCCAACCCUAACAGCCCUCUGUCAAACCCAAUGAUUCCUGGAAUCGGUCCCCCGCCAGGUGGUCCCAGAAAUAUGGGUCCCACCUCUAGCCCCAUGCACAGGCCGAUGCUUUCCCCUCACAUCCAUCCUCCCACAACACCUACCAUGCCUGGGAAUCCUCCGGGCUUGUUGCCACCUCCCCCUCCUGGAGCUCCUUUGCCCAGCCUCCCCUUCCCCCCCGUCAGCAUGAUGCCAAAUGGUCCUAUGCCUAUGCCACAGAUGAUGAACUUUGGAUUGCCAUCCCUCGCCCCGCUGGUGCCACCCCCGACUCUACUAGUGCCAUAUCCUGUCAUUGUCCCUUUGCCUGUCCCCAUCCCCAUCCCCAUCCCCAUCCCUCACAUCAACGACUCCAAACCCCCCAACGGCUUCUCCAGCAACGGCGAGAGCUUCAUUCCCGGUACCUCCAGCGAGACGCCCGGGGCAAAGCCAACCAAUAGCUCUUCGUCCCCUCGAGAGUCCAAGCAAGGAUCGUCCAAAUCCUCCGACUCGUCCCCGAGCUGCUCAGGCCAGUCCCUCAAUCAAGCUCAAGUGCUGCAGGAGCACAGUAAAAAUGAAGUGGUUGACUUGACUGUCAGACCUGGCAGUCCAGUCAGCAGUAAGUUUGGUUUCCCCAGUGUCCUGCAGGGUCCGCAGGACGGUGUGAUAGACCUCACCGUAGGGCACCGGUCUAGGCUGCACAAUGUCAUCCACAGGGCUUUGCACGCCCAAGUGAAAGUGGAACGUGAACCUAACAGUGUUGUAAACUUGGCUUUCGGUAGCUCAGACAAAAGGAACUGCAGUGACUGCAGGGACAACUGCAGCCCGGUUGACUCAAAAACGUUGCCGUGCGGUGACGGCGCUCACUGCUGCCCCGUCUCCUUGCCCUCCGGCACGCCGGGACUGGAAGCUGGUGCAGCCGUGUGCAACGUCAUUGUGAAUGGCACCAAGAGCACGGAGGGUUCCAAGAACCCAGAGCCACCCCAGGAGCCCAAAAAGCCCCCACCCCCCGAGGAGCUGGCGGUGAGCGAGCUGGAGUCCGUGAAGGAGAACAACUGCGCGUCCAACUGCCACCUGGAGGGAGACGCCGGCAAGAAAGCUGGGGAGGAGCCCCUUGCUGGGGGAGACAAACAGGACCCGAACCUUAACAACCCAGCAGACGAGGACCAUGCGUACGCUUUGCGGAUGCUGCCCAAGACAGGUUGUGUGAUCCAGCCUGUGCCAAAACCAGCAGACAAGGCUGCGAUCGCGCCGUGCAUUAUCUCAGCGCCAAUGCUCAGCACAGGGCCAGAGGAUCUGGAGCCACCACUGAAAAGGAGGUGUCUCCGAAUUCGAAAUCAGAAUAAGUAA